AUGCACGUAUUGAAGGCUAAGGUAGCCAGUGUCUAUGAAUCGCCUGGCUUCUUUCUAGGGUUGGACCCAAUUCCAGGAGCCCUUGAAGCUAUGCAGGAGAUGAUCCACAUGCAGGACACUGAAGUCUUUAUUUGCACAAGUCCUCUCCGGAAAUACGAGCACUGCAUCGUGGAAAAGUAUAAGUGGGUAGAAAAACAUUUGGGACCUGAGUUUGUGGAGCGGAUUAUUCUAACCCGAGAUAAGACCGUCGUAUCUGCUGACUUGCUGUUUGACGACAAGGAUACCAUUAGAGGCGCAGAGCUGAACCCGAGCUGGGAGCACGUCCUGUUUACCUGCUGCCACAACAGGCACGUCCAGCUGCAGGCACCACGCAGGCGGCUGCUGUCCUGGGCGGAUGACUGGAAGGCAAUCCUGGAGAGCAAGCGCGGGCAGUGACGCAGAAAGGGGAUGCUGUGCUCUUCCCACUGCCGGGGCAGCAACCAGCUCACCCGCUGGCAGGGAAACCCGUUCCCGGAGGCAGCGAGCACCAUCCCCCGGGCGGGGGUCAGUUACAAGAAAUGAGCUGCCCUUGUUAGACACGCUGCAGAGCUGACCCCUCUCCAGGUUUCUGGAAGGUUGCUCUGCAUUCAGUUAGUUAAUCUCUGUGGAGUUGUUUUGGAUGUUUGCUGUUGGAGAGAAACUAUAAAGUACGAGCAGUUGUGGAUUGUUUGUGGUUUUUUUUCUUGUGUGCCUGUGCUUUUAACCUCACUCCUGUUUGGUUUGGGCUGACGGGGGGGCAGAGGGGAGAAAAAAAAGAAGAAAAGCUCUAAAACUUGAGCAGACAGCACGUGGGUGUCUGUCAGGGAGCACUGUGCUCAGCAGCCAAACCCUUUUAAAUUUUAUGUAUUUAGCCACCCUGGCUUUUGGGUUGCCUUUUGCAUCAUUGGCCGAUAAUGAAAGGAGACCAAGCUGGCUUCAAUUUCUGGCCCA